AGGUCUCCUAGCAACAAGUUGUAGCAUACUAGGACGGCCGCUGAGCCAUAAUGGAGAUAUCAAUGCCUGCACCUCAGAUAUAUGUAGAAAAAACUCUGGCCAUUAUCAAACCAGAUAUUGUUGACAAAGAGGAGGAGAUACAAGAUAUUAUUCUCAGAUCCGGAUUCACCAUUGUUCAGAGAAGAAAACUACACCUCAGCCCUGAGCAAUGUAGUAACUUUUAUGUGGAACAGUAUGGAAAAAUGUUUUUCCCCAAUUUAACAGCUUACAUGAGUUCUGGACCACUUGUCGCCAUGAUAUUAGCUAGACAUAAAGCCAUCUCUUAUUGGUUAGAACUUUUGGGACCAAAUAAUAGCUUAGUAGCGAAGGAGACACAUCCAGACAGUCUAAGGGCAAUUUAUGGCACAGAUGACCUAAGGAAUGCACUUCAUGGGAGUAAUGACUUUGCUGCUGCGGAAAGAGAAAUACGUUUUAUGUUUCCUGAAGUGAUCAUUGAGCCCAUUCCAAUGGGACAAGCUGCUAAGGACUAUUUAAAUUUACAUAUAAUGCCAACUUUGCUUGAAGGACUCACAGAGCUUUGUAAGCAAAAACCAGCAGAUCCUUUGAUUUGGCUAGCUGAUUGGCUGCUGAAAAAUAAUCCUAACAAACCCAAACUUUGUCACCACCAUCCAAUUGUAGAAGAACCUUAUUAAAAAAAUCCUCAAAAGAACAAAUCAUGAACUAUCUUAUUGUAGAAGGCUGUAUUUCUAUUGUUUGAAAAAAUUAUUUCUAGGGUUUAAGUAACUACAAGUAAAAUAAAUUUAUUUCUUAAAAA